AUGUUUAUGCUCCGCAACGUGAGCAAAUUCAUUUUCGGUGACACUUCGAAAGAAUCCAUAAUCGAAAUUCCCCAGGGCCAGCUGUAUUUGGUUCGACCUUUGUCUCCCAAGGGUUACUCCGAACUCAUCUUCAAGGACGCGGCAGCUACUAUCCGACGCACUGGGCAAGACUUUCAAUAUCAGCUUGUCAUCCAGAGAGCCUACGAGGAAGGAGAAGAGGAACUCGCGGACGACGAGGACGAACAGGGUGCGGCCGACAGCCUAGACAAAGACGAGAAGGUUUUCCUGCUAGACCAGACUCUUCACUUCCGCUCCGAGGUUCGUGACGGAGCUAGCAAGAUUUUGGCUUGGGACGACCUGAGUGGUGACGAGGGUGACCUUUACGAAUUCAUUUGCGACGCUUCGGUUCCCUCCGAAAAAGUUGCCACCUUUGAGUUAGCCGCUCUGCAGUGCCAAUACGAGCGCAAGUUUCGCUGCAGUGCUCAAAAGGCUAGCGAGCAGGACCUACAGGAAUUUGCGUACACGGAGGAGAAGCCCAUCCCUUCAGCCAGUCCCAUCACUUCGCCCACUUCCCAUUCUCGUGACCGUUCUUUCACCACCGAGGAAACCGCUGCUGAGAUGGCGAAAGACGUGAAAUAUGCCCAGUCUAAGGGCCAGGUCAAGCCAGCUAGUGUCAAUGAGGAGGUUACCACAGCCCCAGCUUCUGCCGCUCAACCCGAGGUGAAAGAAGUUCUUACACAGGAAAAAGCCGAACUGCACUUGUUCGACUUCUCCACUGGAACAUUCGUUCUGCAAGACACCGAGGUGACCGCUGUUGUGUCAGAAAUCGGGAACUGGCAAUAUUGGCUACAAAUCACUGGCAAGGAGAAGGAGUGGCUGGGCCAGGCCGUUGUGGGAGACAUCAACCCGGUUUUCAACUUCGAAUACCUGUCCUUCAUCUUCAACCAUUAUGCUGAGGAUGGUGCAGCUUUCUCAUGGCUGCUUCGAUUCAAAGAUCAACCCGCAGAGGAGCGCUUCCAAGAAGGUCUGAUGCAGGCUCUGUGGGAACAGCUCAACGAAGUGAAAUGGACUAAGGUCAAGGAGAACGAGCGUGAUUACGUCCUGGAUGCAUUCCAAGAUCUUACUAUGGAGGACGCUGAAGAUAAACCUGAAGAAGAGGAGGAAGAGGAAGAAGAGGACGAAGAAACCGACCAAGAUGACGGACAGCGCAGCGAACACUACGACAGCGACGAAGAAGAGGAGGAUGUUGUCACUCGUGAUGAGGAUGGAAAUGUGAACUCCCAACUGGCGGUCGGCUACAAGCAUGAUCGGUCCUUUGUGGUUCGCGGCUCCAAAAUUGGUGUUUUCAAGCACACAGACAACAACAAUCUCGAGUUCUCAACUACCAUCUCAAAGGUCGCAACUCCUGGUGGCAAGCUGUUCAGUCCUAAGAAGGUCAUGCUUCACGCCGAAGAUUCAAACAUGAUCCUUCAGAAUAACGAGGAUCCAAACUCCCUCUACCGCAUGGAUUUGGAGUACGGCAAGGUUGUUGACGAGUGGAAGAUUCACGAGGACAUUCCCGUUGAGACUUUCGCUCAUGAGAACAAAUUCUCCCAAAUGACCUCCGCCCAGCCGUUUGUUGGUGCUUCCAAAAAUGCCCUCUUCCGAAUUGACCCACGUCUUGCUGGUACCAAGCUUGUCGAUUCCGACUUGAAGCAGUAUGCUAGCAAGAACGAUUUCUCAGCAAUGGCCACCACCGAAAAGGGCUACCUUGCCGUUGCGUCCAACAAGGGUGACAUUCGCAUGUUCGACCGAUUGGGCAUCAAUGCUAAGACCCACAUCCCAGCUCUUGGUGAACCCAUCAUCGGUCUUGAUGUGUCGGCUGAUGGACGCUGGGUACUUGCUACAUGCCGUACCUAUCUCCUUUUGAUUGACUCCUUACAAAAGGAAGGUAAGAACGAGGGCAAGCUUGGCUUCGAGAAGGCAUUCGCCAAGGACUCAAAGCCCCAGCCCCGUCGUCUGGGCUUGCAACCUGCACACGUCGCCCAAUUCCAGCACGAGACUAAGCAGCCACUUUCAUUCACGACUGCUCGUUUCAACACUGGUGUCGAUAAGGAGGAAACUUCUAUCAUCACCGCUACCGGUCCAUUUAUUAUCACUUGGUCUCUGAAGAAGAUUAUCGCCGGCCGCAAGGAUCCGUACACCAUCAAGCGUUACGCUGAGGAUGUCAUGGCUGACAAUUUCCGCUUUGACUCUGACAAGAACGUUAUUGUUGCUCUUCCCAACGAGGUCAACAUGGUCGCCAAGCGUACCUUCCAGAAGGUCUCUCGUGAGAGUAUUGCCGGACCCGUUACCCCCAGUCGUGCUCGAAAGGGGAGAUUUAGCAGCCACCUCGGCCGCAACGACAUUGUGAACUCCCCUUAUUAG